GGCAAGGUUCUCGACUUGUUUGUGCGUUGAUACUGCAACUUGGCACCUUCUUCGCAGGAUCCCAAGGUGUACACUCAUGCGAUCCAGAAAAAUAGCAUAUGCGCAGCCGAGAUGCGUCCGAUCUUAUCGGCUAAUCGGUCAUGGACACAGAUCCCAUACGAAGAUCUCAGAUCGGAUGUCGAUUCGCUGAUCCAAGGGAUCUGUUCGGAAAAAAACCUGAGAUUCAAAUACUCGUCGCCCUCUUACUCACUCACUUGACACCUCAUGACCGUCUCAACCAUCAUCAGAAAUGGCCACUGUAUCGCUAGAAACGUUGAACUGGAUAGAAAGCAUUCGCUCAAAGUACGGAGUCCCCGGUCUGAGUUUUGGUGUCGUCAAGGGGAUCUCCAGCAAAGAUGAGACUGGAUCUAGCCUAUCGUCAAAUGCAAGAUGGGAGCAUUCCAUCCAUGGGUUUGGCACACGCAACGUUCAAGGUGACCCAUACAAUGAACAGACUGUCUGCGCGAUUGGCUCCUGCAGCAAAGUGUUCUCAUAUCUCGUUGUUGCGCUUCUGAUCCAUGAUGGAACCAAACUGCCCAAUGGUGAACCCUUGAAAUGGGAGACGAGAGUCAAAGAUGCUCUUGGGGACGCUUGGGAGAUGAAGGACCAGUACGCGACGGAGCAUUGCACACUGCAUGAUCUGAGUGGUAUGAAGAUUGGACUGGGACCUCAUCCCUAUGGCAGAACCCAUACUACUGCUGAAAGCUAUGACGACCAGCUCCGCCUCAUUCGUCAUUUGACCAUGUCUGCAGAACUUCGACAACGAUUUCAAUAUGACUCCAUAUGUCCCCUGGCUCUCGCCGGGAUCGCUGAACUCAUCACCGGCAAGCCGUAUCACACUCUGGUCGAGGAGAUGAUCUUCGAACCACUUGGCAUGCAGAGCUCGUUCUGUGAUAACAAGAAAGCCAGAGACACGCACAAAAUCUCCGAAGGGUUCUUUCGACGGGGUGGCUCUCCCCAGAAGUCUGGAGUGGAAAAGACAGGCGAACCAGUUUCUGUGGGCUGGUGGACAAAGGAUGAAGGUUAUUGGAUGGUGCCGAUGGGAGGAAUUGCAUCCACAGCUAAAGACAUGCUCCUCUUUCUGCAAGAACUUAUGGAAGCAAAGCAUCUCUCAGCGGGAAUCCUCGAAACACCUGCAGAAGGUCAAGGCGUCCUAUGGGGUCCAUACAAUGCCAUGCUAAAGUUAGAUCAAAACACUCCUGGCCUGUAUGGUCGUGGGCAAGCGAUCACCUCGUACCGUGGGCACCCGGUCGAAUGGCAUAGUGGAAAUAUGCCAGGUCAAAUAGCCACCAUGAUCAGAAUUCCAGGUCAGAAGCUUGGUCUCUUCAUCGGUGUCAACGACGGUACCAGGACUGGGGCAGCUCUCAUGUUCGCUACCCGGAAUAGAAUCCUGGACGAGUUGCUAGGUCUCGGAAUAACUGGACGAGAAGACUACGAGAGCAAAUUCCUCACGCCAGUGUGGCAACCUGCACCUCCGAUCUCGCCUCCUCUGCCGAGUGAGGAAUCUGCUCGUCAAGCUUUGAAAGAGCUAUAUCCCGGGACUUAUGCGCACGGGGCUUAUAAGACCUGGCAGCCUUAUCCAUUCGAUCCUAAAGUUCCCGAAUCUCAAGCAAUGAUUGACGCAGCUAGGCUCGCAGGACACACCCACGAGUUUGAUACACACUGCAUAGUCUCGAAAUCUACAUCAUUCUGGCUAUCUCACAUCUUGUUCCGACCUCUGGUCAAUCCUGUCAAUGGUAUCUGCACGUUUGACUGGUUCGCCUUCCAAGUGUAUCCCGUGAGCAAUGGAAAAGAGGGAUGGAAAGACGACGAGUUUGUGGCUUCUGUACGAAGCAAAGGUCGUGGCGUUUGGUCAGAAAAGGGUAUAGGCAUGUUUGAAGGAUUCUGGGAUAUCAUUCCAUCUUCGCAGAAACCACUGCCUACGGACUGGCACAAUGGUGUGGACAAGGAAGCGAGCGCAGAAGUCUGGAUGAGAAAGGAGAGCUAG